UUAAAAUCUACUUAAAUGGGGUCCCGCAUCCUCUGCCAUCCGCUCGCGCAUUCAUUCCGUCUCUUAUGUCCUUAGCUUUCUGCGCACGACAGUAUACUACGCACUAUUCCAACCAUCCUCCUUCGCCAUUCUCCUGUUUGACAUGGAAUACCGAACCGUACCCCUAUAUCUACCGAAAGGUGUCGAUAAAGUCAUUGGUUUUGGGUCGUCUAGCUUCAUAGGCCGCGUCAAUGAUGACACCGUAUUAAAAUAUCCGCGCAUUGCAGGGGAACAAUGGGACACUUUCGUUAUCGAACAACGCAUAUACAAAGCCUUGGGCUCUCAUCCCAGGAUCCUCGCCUUCUAUGGCUUAGACGAACGAGGUCUCAAGCUAGAGUACGCAACAAGAGGAACAGUGAGAAAUCUCCUCCGCGAUCCUAACCACGCUCGUUCUCUUGCAUGUCGCGAUCGAAUUAAGUUGUGUCGACAAGCUGCGGAAGCUAUUGCAUACAUUCAUACGAAGAACGUCAUUCAUUGCGACAUUAGCACUCGAAACUUUCUGCUGGAUAAGAAUCUGGACGUCAAGCUCUCUGACUUCCAAGGCAUAUACGUCGACCAAAACGGGGUCGUCUUUAAUGGACACGCGCUGGAGAACGUCAAAUCAUAUCUUCCUCGUCCAUCUACUCACUCAAAUGAAAAGUCCGACCUCUUUGCGCUUGGUUCCACCCUCUAUGAAAUCAUGGUUGGUUAUGAACCCUUUCCAGAGUUGGAUGAGCUUGACGACGAGGAAGAAAUCGAGAAGCGAUACGCGGAUGGACGAUUCCCUGCGCUCGAUGGAGUCAUGGGUGGGCAUAUCAUUCACAAAUGCUGGUCACUUGCAUACAAUCAGGUCAAUGAAUGUGUUGAGGAACUCAAGGCUCUGGAGGAUCGUCCGAUUUCAUAACUCCUCGUUCUUUUUCUACUGAGCAUUGCGCCUGUACAUCGACCCGAGAAUGCCGACCCAGUAAGAGGCCGCCCGCUCGCUCACUGCAUUCCCAACACGCCAUCCCAGCAAGAGGCCGCCCGUAGCUCGUCACGUGGCGACGGCUCCACCGGAUUGUCCGUGCCAAGCCGUUGUCUUCAGACACUUCAUUCCACUAUUCCAAAAUACGCCGCAUAGAAGUACAGCCUUGCGCAGCGUCCUAGAAGCAAUGGCCGACGACACUACUGAGUAAGAAUCUCAUUUUUCCUCCUACUAAGACUUUGGAAGUUGACGAUUUGCUUUCCCAAGUCAACCAUCUGAACACCCCGCCUC